AAAAACACCCACUGAGUCCCACCAAGUGCAACACACUGUGCAAAAUUGCCUUCUGAGCACAGAAUAAACAUGAGAAGAACAAGAACAAGUGAAUAAGAAGCCCCCAACUGAAAUUCACAGAAUCAGUGUUUAUGUUGAAAAUAAAUACAGGUAUUGAAACCUUGGGACUGGCAACACAAAUAACAUCUUUCCAGUGACACUAAAUUCAGGGUGCACCAUCCUAACCUAACUGAUCCAAAAAGCCAUGCUCACCAGUCUAGUUCACAAACCCAGCUUGGCUGAUUAGAAAUUAAACCCUGUGCACUGACUGUCUUGAGGGAUCUGAAAAUAAAAGGUGCAUUAUGUCAUUGUACUUCCCAGUCCUAGCUUGGACUGGGACAUCACAAAGAGGUGGAGCUGAGGGACCAGCGCAAUGUGAUGUAAUCUAAUGGUUGGAGGAGAAGAGAAUGGACCGGUGGCUGUGCAAGGUCAGAAGGUUUGUUUAAAUGCAAUCUGAAAUGUUUUGACAUGUCUAUUUGCAAAAGCAACUUGAAAUAAGACAAGAUCAAUGACAUUAAACAUUUAUGAAUUGGUGGUAAAAUGUUCCUUACGCAUUGUAGGCGCGUUAUUUUAACUUCCAGGCAACAAAAUGUGACUGGUUUCAAAACACCUUCAAAAACAAUCAACUUUAGGCUUUUAACUGUGCAAGUCUUUGAUAAACUGCUCAUUGAGUGUCUCUGAGGAACAGUCUGUUUGUGUGCGCGCGCGCGUGUGCCCCGUGUUGUGUAUGCUGACGUCACUAUGGAACUGCCUUGUCACGCGGGGUUAGUAAAAGUUGGGAUAGGAACUCCGGAGAGAGAAACAGACCGGGGGAGAGACAGGGAGAAGGGACGAUUCGUCGGCGUUAUAACAAACAUUACACACCGUAUAAGAGAGGCACUUUUUUGUUGUUGAGUAGGUCGGGAGAUCGAAAAAAUUACCAAGAGAAGGAGAGGCAGGAACGGACGACUUUGCCUGAAGUUGAAGCCAGAAUUUGCUAGUUAACUACCGGAGGAAGCGGAGCCACCUACCCGUGUUUUGGCGAAUUUGUCAACCGACGGGGAAACACGGGUUCUCCUGAAGCAGUCCGGUCAGAUGAAAAGUUAAAGCUCGUCGUUGUGACAGUCGGUAAAUGUGACAUUCUGGGAGAGCAUACAUUGCUCCAGCGGUCGACAGUCGAGUGGCGGGGUAAAACCCGAGCUGUCAAACCCGAUGACUACUGCAAACUGCCCCGGGAAUGAGGAGCUGGACUUCAGACUGAUCUUCGGAGAGGAUGGGCAGCAGCAGCAGCCGUUAGGCCCCGCAGAUCUGGAGCCUGAUGACAACACAUCUUUCUACAUCCUAAAUGUGGGCCAGCCCCAGUCUAUGGUCAGUAACCACCAGUCUAUUGGCCUGUCUCGUCAUGGCAUGCACUCUCACUCCCAGGUCAUCAGCACAUCCCCUCGCCUUCAGUCACACAAACCAAACUACGAGGCACAAGACUCCAAGUAUGGUACUGCCCCCCUGCUGCCCUCUGUUCCUAUGGAGGCACCAAAGGCCUUUGAGUGUCCCAGUAUCCAGAUCACCUCUAUCUCCCCUAGCUGCCAGCAGGAGAUGGAUGCCAGUGAGGAGGAUCUGAGGGCCAAUGGUCCUGAUGGGGACUACCAUGGUGACAGGCCCCUGUCUAGAGACCACCUGUAUUUGCCACUGGACCACUCAUACCGGGACACAUCGCUCAGCCCUAGCCCAUGCAGCAGCAUCUCCUCUAGGAGCUGGUUCUCUGAUGCCUCCUCCUGUGAAUCAUUCUCACAUGUCUAUGACGAUGUUGACUCAGAGCUAAAUGAAGCAGCUGCCCGGUUUACCCUGGGCUCCCCGCUUACUUCCCCAAGCUGUGCCUCCCCUCAAACUGGUGGUGGAAUCCUGGAGGAGCAGCCCCAUUGGCAGCACCAGCACCCUGCCUUUGUGCACCACUCCCACUCCAUCAGCCUGUCACCCCGGCAGUCUCCCUGCCAUUCCCCACGCACCAGUGUCACUGAUGAAAAUUGGCUCAGCCCGCGGCCACCUUCCAGGCCUUCCUCACGUCCCACCUCACCCUGUGGAAAGAGGCGCCACUCUAGUGCCGACAUCUGCUACCCUGGCUCACUGUCUCCACAUCACUCACCUACAGCCACGCCGGGACCUUCGCCAAGGGGCAGCGUGACAGAGGACACCUGGGCUGGCAGUCCUUCAGUUGGCAUGUCACCUUUUCAGUGCUGUCCAUCUGAGGCAGACAUUCCUUCCAAGACAAGGAAGACCUCACAGGACAGAACAGCUAUGCAGACUGGGAAAGGGGAGCUGGGGCUAGAUGACCAAGGAAAUAUGUCUUCUAAUCUAGACUCUCCAUCAGAUGAGGCCCUGCAUAGCCUGAAGAAGGAUGGACCUGGGGAGCAGUUCCUCUCAGUGCCCUCUCACUUCUCAUGGAACAAACCCAAACCUGGUCAUACACCUAUAUUCAGGACUUCCUCGCUGCCUCCUCUAGACUGGCCCCUGCCAAGCCAGUUUGGCCAGUAUGAACUGAAGAUAGAGGUGCAACCCAAAGCCCACCACCGAGCGCACUAUGAGACUGAGGGCAGCCGAGGAGCUGUCAAAGCAGCGUCUGGUGGCCACCCCAUCGUAAAGCUCACUGGCUACAGUGAGAAGCCCGUCAACCUGCAGAUGUUCAUCGGAACAGCAGAUGACCGUUAUUUGAGGCCGCACGCUUUCUACCAGGUGCACCGGAUCACCGGGAAAACUGUAGCCACGGCCAGCCAAGAAAUUAUGGUCUCCAGCACCAAAGUUCUUGAAAUUCCUCUCCUGCCCGAAAACAACAUGUCAGCCAGUAUCGACUGUGCUGGCAUCCUUAAGCUGCGGAACUCGGAUAUUGAGCUGCGUAAGGGAGAGACAGAUAUAGGAAGAAAGAACACAAGGGUCCGUGUGGUGUUCAGAGUGCACAUCCCUCAGCCCAACGGGAAGGUGCUGUCGCUGCAGGCUGCCUCCAUUCCCGUGGAAUGCUCUCAGCGUUCAGCUCAAGAGCUGCCCCAGGUUGAGAAAUCCAGCCUGACCAGCUGUCUGGUCAGCGGGGGAGAAGAGAUGGCCAUCACGGGCUCCAACUUCUUCCCAGAGUCCAAGGUCAUCUUCCUGGAGAAAGGCCCUGAUGGACGACCUCAAUGGGAAGUAGAGGCAAAAAUACUCCGUGAGAAAACUCAAGGAUCUUGCAUUGUGGUGGAGGUUCCUCCCUACCACAGUAAGACCGUGGGCUCAGCUGUGCAGGUGCAGUUUUAUGUCUGCAAUGGCAAGCGAAAAAGGAGCCAAUCACAACGCUUCACUUAUCUUUCAGUCAUGGUGAAACAGGAGCACAGAGAUGAGCUGGACCUUCCUGCAGUACCCCCUAUGUCCAUGCCCCUGGCACAUGCUGCCAGUCUGGUGCGCACCCAGCUGCCUUCUCCUGAACAGGGCCACCCGUCGGACAACCUUCUGUCCAGCUCCCCUCACGGCCUGGCCGCAGGCUCCGGACCUGGCCUGUUACCCCUGCAGGGCCCCAGCCCCGCACUGGGCUCCCCUUCUUUCCAGCACCUGCCUCACCUCCAGGGUCACAGUUUGCACCACCCCCCUGCAGACUGCCACAUGACGUUCCGCCCGAGCUCUGUUCCUGCUCCUCCCCAGCCCCCCUACCAGCCUAUGCAGCGCAGCCACAAUCACAGUCAUAACCUGUCCUUCAAUGGCCAGACCAGCCUUCCCCCUCAAGGCUAUGAGACGAUGCCCUUUCAGCACAGUCCCACUGCAGCAUCACACCCGAUGGGCAUGGGGAUGGUGUACCCCUCCUCCCCUUGCUCCACGCCAUCAGCGCCCUCCUCUUCAAGCACCAAUCCCAUUGCUGGUUCUCCCCAGAGCCAACAACCCCUGCUCAAUCCCUCAUCCCCACACAUCCACACACUCGGAGGCUAUCACUGCUCCCCCAAUCCUCCCCAGGUUCCCUCUCCAUCUGGUCACCCCCUUGUAGGGCAGCAUUCCUCCCAGCUGCAGAGGGCCAUGGGCUACCACCCGGUAAGUCAGAGGUCCGCUUCCUGCCCCACACCGUCCAGCGCCCCUCCGCCACGGAUGAUCCCCUCUCCACACUCUGGGCCUUCCUCCCCUCAGCUCCAUUCGUUACCCUACCAGUCUCCCACCUCCUCCUCCUCCCCCACUUCAGGCAGCAGUCCUCUGGGGCCCCUGCAACAGCAGCCUUCCCCCCAGGCUACCAGCCCAGUAAUGGCCAGCCUGUCCCCAGCAGCAGCCGGCCCUCUGGUUCAUCCUCUAAGCCCUCAGGGGCCCUUCCCUUCGGAUGGGGAGAGCCUGAACAUCAAGCAGGAGCCGGAGGACAGGGAGCCCACCUUCCGCUCUAUUGGCCUACAGGACAUUACGCUCGACGAUGUGAAUGAAAUCAUUGGCAGAGACAUGUCCCAGUCCCCCAGCGCUCAUGGUCCUCCAUCAGCACACACCCAGUCAUAGCUCAGCCCUCACUCAGGCACUGACGUGGCCUGUUUUGGUUCCUAAACCAUCCCCUCCAGCUCGUGUCCUCGCAGUCUCACAGCUCCAACACGGAGCCUGGUUCUGGUCCUGUGUGCAAUGGAACCUGGGGAAACAAAGAGACAGGACUGUGAUCAAAGACAGAACAGGGAUGGAGAUUGGGUUGAAGCCUCGCGGGCCUGCUAGACCACCAGCCUCACAAGAAGACAUGCUCAUUUGUCUCAUCUGAUUUCAUAAACUAUUUUAUUUUGCUUUUUUUUUUAGAUACAAAGAACUCACAGCUUCACACAGGUCAAGCACAAAGGUAUAACAGUGUCGAGUUACACAGAGGGUCGAACAGUUGGAGAAUAAUGAGGAGCAAUGACAAAAUAACCCUCCACUGCUCACAGCUCUGUUAGUUCUCACGUUAGAUGUCGAGAUGUGAUCUCCCUCUGUUCGCUUGCUGUCUGACCCAUCAUCCUGACCAGUCAGCACUCAGUCUGAAUACACCCCCCAAAUCAGAAGGAGUUGGGACGGAGACAAUGCAUCAGUGAGCACUGUCAUCUCAGUCCCCCGGCAUCAUGAUUGAAGCUGUCUGGAGACACGUAAGAAUCAGUGAGACUCGGGGGUGCACGGCAUUGUCACAGGAAGCCAGCUCUGAAAUUCAACAGGCAGCAUCUUUAUAAACAUCAGGAUUCUGGGUUUACCUGAGUGAACGUCAGAGAAAGUGUGGCACGAUAUGAGAGGACGUGGCAGAACUGAUCACACUCACAAGUUGGCGAUCAUAGUGUGAUCUUAGUAAAGUCAGAUUGAACCAGCCUAAAUGGUCCGAAUUUCAAUUGUGAGUAAAAAUCUUUCAGAAAAUUUUCAAAUAUCAGACUGAGUUUCCCUGUAAGGGUCAAGUAAGUGCAGUCCUAUUGUUUCGCUAGUGGGUUAGCGAUGAUGACGUUUUAUUACUCCCUGCCCCGCAGGCAGGACGAGCUCCUCUGGCGCUGGUCUGGGAUCCUCAUCCUGCAACAUUCCGCAACUUUUAGCAACUUCGCCACCAUGUAGAUAUCUGUACAUGACCCCCCCCCCACAUCGUCCUUCCUCUGUGUUUAUCAUCUGCAAAUUGAACAAAUGCCUUAUUAAUAUUUAACAGCUUUGAAUAGUAGCAAAACCUUUUUUGUUUUGUGCUGUUGGCUUUGAGUUUGACUAUGACUUUGUUUUUGGACACAGACCUGAGUCAGGUGGAUUUGAGUUAAUGGAUCCCAAUGUGGAAUGACAGGGUCGAGGUAGGCCCCCCCCCCCCC